AGUCUACCACAAAGCUUCAAAACGAACGGGCGCCCGUAUGCGUCUCGUAGUUCCGGAUUCCGUUAAUCAAAACUAAUAAAACUCGUUUGUGAUUGGUGCUUACGAUUCAUAGCAAAGUUAAUUUUAUACACUGCGACAUACAUCUGUCCUAUAAUAGCUCAAAAGAUGAAAACGUUAAUCAUUUUCACAGUCCUACUGUGUAUAUUCGGGGUGCACGCUAGAAAUACCGAUAAAAAUGAACGAGAAAGAUCACUUAACCAACAAAUAGAUGACAUUUCAUCAAUUAGAGAUUACCGUGCAGGUCAAAUGAGACACCGGAGAAAGCGUUGGCAAAUGAACUAUGGUUACGACUAUCCCGUCCCACCUAACCCUUACUAUCCAAAUAGGAGGGUUUACGAGAAUGAACAGGACCUUAUCCCGAAAAUUUUAAGGCUACUUGAUGAAAUUGCAGAUUAUGUCAAGCGUCCCCCACCACCUCCGGCACCACAGCCUAUAUACGUCCCUUACCCAGUGCCGUAUCCUAUUCCUCAAAACUGCACGUGUAAUGUUAGAGUGAGUGCUGUUCCGAACAUAACAAGGAGAUUUCCAGUAUUGGAGGACUCAAAUCAGAACUGGGGUAUAGUAGACACGAACGCAGAAGCUUUAGAAAAAGACGACCCCAAUGAUGGUGCAAGACCGAUUUCCUUCGAGCCGAUCAAGCCGAGUCGACCACAGCGACCACCACCUAAAGUUGAGCACGGCAGCACUCAAGAAGAUAUUACUGUGACGACACAAGCACCUAGAUAUCAGAGAACCACAGCCGAUGCAUGUAACGCCGCCAUUCUUAUGUGCUGUAAUGAUCAGCACCCGAAGGCAUGCUUCACGAGGUCGGGAUGUUCUAUGACAUAUGCUGGGAAGAAUGCAUGUUCCCGGGAAUCCAUAUUAGCAACAAUAGAAGCUUACAGCCGAGCUUACUCUCCUGUAGUAUGAUAAAAAGAAUAUAGUCUACACCUGAUCAGUAUUUCUUGUUAAUGUGAUUGUGGAUGCUACGUACUUAUAACUUUUUCGAUAAUGUAAGUAAGUUAAAGCAGUUAAACAAUAUUAUGAUAUCAUUUAUAUUUGAGAAAGGCAUUGUGGUGGUUGUGUCUUAAAUCGUCGUUAAUAAGUUCGUUGAAUGGUGUUUCAAGUCGGGUUCCACAAUGAUAGCUACUUGUAUACGGUCACUCACCCGUACAGUUUGCAUUCCUGUGUCAGAUUCUAUAGAAUAAGCACAUAACUAGCUUACAAUUGAAUGACCACCAAGUAGGUUUCUACUUUUAUGUUUCCUAAUAUAAUAUUAAUCAUUUAUCGUUAUACCCUGUUGCCAUAAUAAUAUAUUUUUGUUCCUCAUACGAAUACUUAUAUUAUUAACUUAUUUAUUAUAAUAAAUAACUCGAGUCCAAAUAUUCUUACUAUUACUAAACAAGGUUUAGAAUAAAAAUAAUACCUUUAAAAUUAAGCAGAUGUGUCUGUCCAGUUGUAAAGUUGUUCCGGUUACAUACACCACGAUGAUGAAGAAUAACUUAGCAUAAUGAAAGCAUUUACAUAAAUUAAAUAAAGAAUUUGUAAGUCUCCACUGGGCUGUCCUCGUAUAUGUGUCAAAGAAAUAAUUAGAUUGUUGCUAGUAUCAAUAAUUAAUUAUGAAAUUACAUAUGCCAGAGAGGACGCUGAUGUUUAUUGCAUGACAAUUUGCGCUUAUGAUGUUGUU